AUGCCAACAAUCUUCAAGCUGAACACUGGCGCUGAGAUUCCAGCAAUUGGCUUCGGAACUUGGCAGGAUGCAGGCGAGCAGGAAGACGCCGUGGCAGAGGCAAUCAAGGCGGGAUAUCGCCAUAUCGAUACUGCGCGCGUGUACGGUACCGAGAAAGCCGUGGGAAAAGGAGUAAGAAAGAGCGGUGUCCCACGAGAGGCUCUCUUCAUCACGACCAAGCUUUGGAGCAACAAGCAUCAUCCGGAUGACGUGGAACUGGCAAUCCAACAGUCACUUGAUGAUCUGGGGAUGAAAUAUGUUGAUUUGUACCUCAUGCACUGGCCCGUAGCUUGGAAACGAGGCGAGGAGCUCUUCCCGAAACAAGAUGGCAAGCCCGUGAUGGAGGAUGUCGACAUCAUAGAUACAUGGAAAGCCAUGGAGCAAUUACUCAAGAACGGCAAGGCCAGAGCGAUCGGCGUCUCGAACUUUGACAAGGUUGAGAUGGAGCGUUUGAUCAAGAAUAGCUCUAUCGUUCCCGCGGUGCACCAAAUGGAAUGCCAUCCAUGGCUUCAGCAACUUGAAUUCACGAAGUGGCAUCGAGACAAUGGCAUUCACAUCACGCAUUACUCACCCUUUGGAAAUCAGAACACGUUCUAUGGUGAGAAAGGAGGGGCUGCAAAGUUGAUCGACGAGCCUGUCUUGGCCGAGAUUGGGGAUCCGUAUAACAAAACAGCUGCCCAGGUUGCUCUAGCCUGGGGAGUCACGCAGGGUCAUUCUGUAUUGCCCAAGUCGAAGACGCCGUCAAGGAUCAGGAGCAAUCUGCAAGGAGACUUCAAAUUGAGCCCCGAGGACAUGAAGAAUAUUCAGAAGAUCAAUAAGAAGCUUCGAUUCAAUGAUAGUAGCGGAGAUUUUGGGAGGGUGUUCUUCACAGGUUUGGAGGGAAAGAUUGGUUGA